AUGGAUCCCGAAGAAGUAUUCGCCGAAGAGGCGCAAGAGGAGGCAGGCCUAUCAGGUAGCCAUACCCCUGAUCUGGUCGUCGAGACACAAUAUCCCCUCCGCAACGGAGACGACGAGAGCGCCGAAGGAGAGGACGAGAAUAGUCCUUUGAUGAGCCCGCGUCGGCGUCGCAAUGCAUCUCGAAAGACACCCUAUUCCCGCGCGAGGACAAGCUACGAACGUGCCAUCAAUGAACCCUGGAGCGGCGCGCAGGGCUCUCAUGCGCUACCAUGGUACAAGAAACCCUCGAUAUUCUGGCUCCUUCCGGCCUUCUUUCCUUUCUGUAUCGCCUUUGGUGGAAUCAUCGUUCCAAAGACAUAUCUGGUCCUGGAUUUGAUCUGUCAAGACUACCUCUCCGACCAGGCUCGCAGGGAUCCAACGUUCCACUUCCUUCCCGUGGUUCUAGGUGAUGAGAACCCCCAAUGCCGGGACCCAGAGGUUCAAGCUCGUGUUGCGACCUUCAACCUCGAGGCUAGCCUCCUCGCGGGCAUAUUUUCUGCCAUAAUAUCGCCUCACCUGGGCUCGCUAUCGGAUCGUUACGGCCGCAAAGGCAUAAUCGUGUUUGCAUCAUUAGGUGCUUUCAUGGCCGAAAUUAUUACCAUAAUUAUCGGUAGAAAUCCUGGCAGCAUUUCCGUGUACUGGAUGCUGGCAGGAUUCCUUCUUGACGGUCUUUCUGGAUCCUUCACCACAGCCAUGGCCCUCUCAUUUGCGUACGCCAGUGAUUGCUCCCCUCCCGAGCGACGGAAUAUCGCUUUUGGGUACUUCCACGGCACACUAUUCUCCGGUAUCGCUCUUGGGCCUAUUCUGGCAGGGUACUUGAUCAAGGUGACGGGCACGGUGAUGGUAGUCUUCUACGUCGCCUUAGGCUGCCAUGUAUUCUACAUUGUUUUCAUCACUCUCUUCGUCCCAGAGUCCCUGUCCAAAGAGCGGCAGAUGCUUGCCAGGGAGAAGCGGCGAGUCAAACGCGCAAAUACUCCAAGGAAAGACUUCGUUACGAAGCUUCGCAACUACAAUCUCUUCAAACCUCUCUGGGUGCUCCGACCUACCGGGGAAGGAACAUCAUCCGCGUUGCGCAAGAAUCUUUUGGUGCUCGCGGCUAUCGAUACGAUGAUGUUUGGGGUGGCAAUGGGCACGAUGCAGAUACUCAUCAUAUACGCCGAGUACCGCUUUGGCUGGACCGCUGUGGACUCAUCAAUGUUCCUUUCCGUGGUGAACGUCUGCCGCGUGCUUUGUUUGGUUCUCCUUCUCCCUCUUCUGACGCGAAUCUUCCGCGGCCCUUCCCUCGGAGGCGCCAGCAGUUCAGGUCACAGGGGCGCAGACAUGCUCGACAUCAAUAUCAUUCGCGGUUCGAUAUUGUUCGACUUGAUUGGCUAUCUGGGAUACGCGCUCUCACCGAGCGGCGCUGUUAUGGUGGUCGGAGGUAUGGUCGCCAGUCUUGGUGGCAUUGGAAGCCCGACACUACAGUCCGCUUUGACAAAGCAUAUUCCUGCUGAUCGGACAGGGCAGGUCUUGGGUGCAAGUGGACUUCUGCACGCGCUGGCUCGCGUAGUAGCCCCUACAGUCUUUAACUUGAUCUAUCGCCAAACAGUGGGUGUAUAUGCUGGCAUCGUGUUCCUAUGUCUUGCGGGUGUUUUUGUUGUGGUGUUUGUAUUGAGCUGGAUUUUGAAGCCUAAUGUAUACUUGCAUGAGGAUUCUGUUUUUGAAGCUGAUCAGGAGCAGGACAGCCACGACGGGUGA